ACCAAAAAAAAAGGUUUUGAAGAAGAAGAAGAAGAAGAAUCACCACAUAGAACUGAAUGUUAAAAUAAAAGUUUUAGGAAAAUGGUGUUCUAUAAUUUUUGAAAUAUUCUGUAUUCAUUUUCUCAAUGUAGCUUAGCUCUUGUUCUGUAUAUUUUAUAAAUGUACUUAACUGAAGACGUAAUUAUUACAGCCAUAUAAAAUAUUUAUUAGUUUUUCACUUCGCAAGAUGUUUUUUUUUGUUAUAUGGCUAACAGAUUAUAAUCAAAUGGGAUAGGAUUUUUUAAAAAAGUGAUGUUUUUAAUUUACAUAGCAAUGCUGAGGUUAGAGCUGGGGCGAUCUCCAUUACGAAACCAGCUUUGUGGCUGUAGUAAUGCAAUCAUUUUCAGGUUCAGCCAAAGCAUUGAGAUGUAUUGAUUGCAAGUGUGGCUUUUUGUCUGCCUCUGCACUUCUUCAGCAUUUUGCGAGCCACGACUCCACGAACAAUGAAAAUGAUGAGCUGGACAACAUUUUCUGUGAAAUCAUGUCUAGGUUGCACCACUGCAGUCCGGCCCACAUACGCAGAAACAUAAAGUUGAGCUCUGUUUGCGAGCAGUCGUCGACUUGUGAAAACUGCGACUCCCCGGGCCGUGUGGAAUGCCCCGGUCACGUGCGUCCGGCCAGGGACACCAUGACCAUGGAAGAGGACCUGGUCGCUUGGGCUAGCGAAGACCGGCAGGUGGAGCCUGUGCCCAUCAGCCACAUACUCACCGAGAUCGGUGUGCGUGCCAAGAACAGGAGACAGAAUUCGUCUCUAUCCGGUGACUUCAUGCUCGUGCGGUGCAGUUUGCAGCGACGGCUGGAAAAUUGCAUCGUGAAACUGUCCUCGAGGCAGAAGAAUUCGUCUCCCGUUUCGUGCAUUAACAUUUCCAGAGAUCGGAAGACUGCGUCAUCGAGCCAUUUAACACAGUCUAAAUCAUCGACACGCCAUCUUCCCAACUGUUCAAAGUCGAAUCCUGUAAAUGUGUGUUUCCUGAUGAGGAAUGGCGUGGCGGGGCUGGGUGCAGGGAAAGGCAGAGCCAAGAGUGCGUCCUGUCGCAAGCAGGCGUCUCCGAGGAAGGUGGUGCCUCGCCACACUGCCGUUGGGAGGGAGGGGGGAGCCCGCGAGGAAUGCCCGGCAACAUCGCCGUGGUGCGAAGCGGAGGCCGCUGAUUCCGCCCACCGCCAUGUGCCUUCCGCCACGGACUGUUCCUACGGCAGAGCCGUGUCCGGCAAGAAGAAGUACCCGUGCCACCUGUGCACCAAGACGUUCGGUUGGUCGACCGACCUGAAGCGCCACAUCCUCACCCACACGGGGGAACGGCCGUUCAAGUGCGGGCUGUGUCGGGCGACGUUCACACGCAACUUCCUGCUGCAGAAACACGAGGCCAAGUUUCACGAUGCUGAUGUUCAGACGUUUGCCUUGGGUGGCAAGGACUCUAGUUCCUCGAUGAAUGGGAGUCUUUUGUCCCAGAGCAGGUUAGUGCAAUACAAGCAGGGAGUUGCUAGCAAGUUGGGGGAAAAAACUGAGAUACUCAAAGUUUCUAAGCAGAAAAGCAAGUCUACUAAAAAAUUUAAUUUGGCUAAAAAAAGCACAUUGGGGAUGGAGGUGAAACCAGUUUUACCAUCAAAAAUGUCUUCAUCAGAAGCUUUAAAUAGUUCAUAAAUUUGUACCUUAAUGUUUAGAAAUACAGUAUUGAUAUACAGAGUACUUAUUUUAAUAUAUUUAUUUAUACUAAAUAAAUGUGGGUUAAUAUAGGUUCAUGCAAAACAUGCUUUAAAAAAUGCAAUCUUUGAAUGCAGUUUGUGAACAAAUAUUUUUAUGUAAUUUAACAAUUUUGGUAGUAAAUUACUUAAUGGUAUUUAA